AUGUGGUUUAGAAUCAUGGACACCAAUAACGACGGUUUGGUCUACAAAGAGGAAUACGUGGACGAAGUGGCGAAACGAGGUCAACAGGUUCUCUCCCCAUGGAGGGCCAAUGCUUUUUCGUUGCCUUUUGUGGCUACACAGUCGGGCAGAAUACUGCUCAGAGUAAUAGAUGUCAACAACGACGGUUUGGUCUACAAAGAAGAAUUCAUGGACGAAGUGGCAUUUAGGGCUCAGCGGGUUCUCUCGUCAUGGAGGGCCAAGGCAGUGUAUGGAUUAAUGAAAACAGUUGAAAACUGCGAUGAGGCGAUGUCUGUUAGCGAGUAUUCCAAUUUGCUAGAGAUAACACGUAACGUCUUGCCUCCUGGAGAACUUUUCAAUAUCAUUGACCACAGCCGCAAUGACAUAAUCAGCAUGGAAGAGUUUUUAUAUGGUUAUGUAGACUGCGAUGAAGAAUUGUCUGCUGACGAGUAUUCCAACUUUCUACAUAUAACACGGAACGUAUUGCCUCCUGAAGAGCUGUUCAAUGCCAUUGACCGCAACCAAAAUCACAUCAUUAGUUUGGAUGAGUUCUUAUUUGUCUGUGGCGAUUUUUAUUUCGGAAUGAAAGACACCAAAACAGCCCUGUUCUAUGGUUCUCCUGGAAAUUAA